AUGCCGCGAAUCGCCGAGCUCGUCACGUACCCGGUGAAGUCGUGCGCGGGAAUCUCCUGCGAUGAAAUCGCGCUGACGUCGACCGGAUUAGCGCUCGAUCGAACGUUUUGCGUCACUCGGGCGAAUGAUGGAAAGUUCAUCAGCCAACGCACGCAUCCGCGCUUGGCUCUGGUGCAGUGCGACGUCGAACCGCGCGCCGCGUUGACGGACCGAACGAUCAGUAAAUUCACACUCAAGUGCUCGGCGCCCGGGAUGGAUCGAGCGCUCGAAGUGGAGGUGGAUUUGAGGAGCGACGCCUCGGCGACCGGGACGGCGACGACCGAGUGCUGGGAGUGGGUCGGUCGGUGCGGCUUGGUCGGUGACGACGCGCGCGCGUGGUUCACCGAGUUUUUGAACCAGGACAACGCCGGUGCGGGUGAAACGUACGAGUUGGUGCGGUGGAUCGGGAAAGGGGGCUACGCUGGGGGCGAGCAAGAUAGGGGCGACGUGGACGUGGACGACGCGUCGACGCGACUGACGUCGCCGGAUUACGGCUCUCGAAGAUGCACGACCACUCUGAGCGAUGGUUUUCCGAUGUUACUCGUCAAUAAAUCCUCCGUUGAGGCGUUGGAGCGAUGCGUUCGCGAGGAAACUCCCGGGUACAAGGUGGACGCCAGACGUUUCCGCGGAAACGUCAUCGUGGACGACGCGUCGCCGUACGCCGAAGACGCCUGGUCCAAGAUCGCGUUCGGACGCCUCACAGCCGACGACGUCAUCGCAGAGGUGUGCAAGCCCUGCAGUCGCUGCGCCAUUCCCAUGAUCGAUCCCGACACCGGUUCUUCGACCGCCGGCGUUCCGCUCGCCCGCGUCCUCUCCCGACUCCGCAGCGGCGCCGCCUUGGGAACCGCCAACCGCCUCUGGCGCCAGAGCCCAUUCUUCGGCUGGAAUCUCAUCUGUCCCGACGCCCAAGACGCAUCCAACGUCUUACGCGUCGGUGACGACGUUCGAGUCCUCGAACGGCGGCCCGCGUUCCCGUGA